AUGCAUCAUCUCUACGCCUCCAUGCUUCUUACUCUCUCCACAACGUCGGCACUUACAAUCGUUCUUCCUGCGGCACCCACCUCUCUAGCUACCACGCUUCCGCAAGCCCUUCGCUCGGAUCUACACUGCGGCAUGAUCGCCUGCCCCGGUGGCAGCUCCGAAGGCCACGCCUUCUGCGCAGCCAUAGGCUGCGACUACUGCGUCAUUGUUGCCUCCAGCACGCCCACGACGCACUAUGAAUGUGAUGGAUUGCGAAGAGCGUCUGUGCAUGAGUUCUUUGAUGAGUGA